AUGAAUAAUAGAAAAAUUGAUUCUUUUUUUAAGAGGAAAGCAUGUGAAAUUGAAAGAGAAGACAGAGAUGAAGAAAUUAUAAUUCUGACAAUUGAAGAGCAUCGUGGUUUUGAGAAUCCAAUAAUCGAAGAGUAUCAUGGUUUUGAAAAUUCCUUGGAACGCGAUCCUGGAAAGCGUACUCCGAUUUGGCAAUAUCCACUAAAUCAAGUGGAUGCAAUACAAAGAGCUUAUCUAAAAUGGGGUCCAUAUCAAAUUCAUUUAGAAAGCUAUCCUUUGUCCGGUAGCGAUGAUCAUCCAAGAAGGUUUCAACACAAUUGGUUUAGCAUAUUUUCCUCAUGGUUAGAAUAUUCACCAUCCGAAGAUGCUGCAUAUUGCUUACCAUGUUACCUAUUUAGCAAAAAACCAAGUGGGCGUCCCGGAUCACAUGUCUUCAUUUCUACGGGUUUUAGAACUUGGAAGAAAGUUAGGAAUGGAAAACAUUGUUCCUUUCUUAAACACAUAGGGAAGGAUCCUUGCUCACCACACAACAAUGCAAUGAAAGCUUGUCAAGACUUGUUGAAUCAAGAUGGUCAUAUUCGAAAUGUUAUUCAAGUGCAAAGUUUGAAUCAAAGAAUGAAUAAUCGGCUAUGUCUCAAGACUUCAAUUGACACUGUUCGUUGGUUAACGCUUCAAGCUUGUGCUUUUAGGGGUCACGAUGAAACUAACAAUUCAAAAAAUCAAAGAAACUUUCUUGAGUUGUUAAAACUUUUAGCAUCUUACAAUGAUGAAAUUGCAAAAAUUGUGUUGAAAAAUGCUCCACAAAAUUGCAAAGUGAAAAAGCAUAUUCGUGAGGAAAUUGGUGAUUCCAAAUUUUGUAUCGUUGUCGAUGAAGCUCGUGACGAGUCAAAAAAGGAACAAAUGGCUCUUGUAUUAAGAUUUGUUGAUAAAGUUGGUUUAAUACAAGAGAGAUUUUUUGAUGUGGCACAUGUUAAAGACACCACAUCUUUAACUCUUAAGGAAGCAAUAUGCGAUAUACUUUCUCGACAUAACCUUGAUGUUUCUAACAUCCGCGGCCAAGGGUAUGAUGGUGCUAGCAACAUGAGAGGAGAAUGGAAUGGUUUACAAGCACUCUUUAUGAAGGAUUAUCCUUAUGCAUACUAUGUUCAUUAUUUUGCUCAUCGAUUGCAACUUGCGUUGGUUACAUCAUCAAGAGAGGUAAAAACAAUUAAUCAAUUCUUUGAUAAGUUAAUUUUUGUUGUCAAUGUUGUUUGUUCCUCUACAAAGCGUCAUGAUGAGUUACAAACUGCCCAAUUAGAAGAAAUUUCAUAUUUGUUAGAGAUUGAUGAGAUUGUAAGUGGUAAAGGGGUAAAUCAAGUUGGUACUUUGAAACAAGCAAGAGAUACUCGUUGGGGAUCGCAUUACAAUUCUAUUUGUAGCUUGAUAAACAUAUAUGCUUUGUCAAGCCUUACAAAAACAAAAUCAAGAUGUAGUAAUGCUAUGCACUUCGUUCGUUCAACAAAGAGUUUUAUUCAAGACUUCAGAGAAAAUGGUUGGGAUAUAUUGUUUACUAAAGUGAGAUCUUUUUGUGAAAAACAUGGUAUUGAGAUUCAUGAUCUUAAUGAUGUUCAUUCAACAACAAGAUUUGGAUGCUCCCGUCUUGAAGAGAAUCAAGUCACAAUUCAACAUUACUUUAAAGUUGAAAUGUUUUUCACUACCAUUGACAAACAGUUACAAGAGUUGAAUGACAGAUUUAGUGAGCAAGCAAUGGAUUUGUUAAUCCUUUCUUGUGCUUUGUCUCCUAAGGAUGGAUAUAAAGCUUUUAACAUUGAUAUUAUUUGUUCUUUGGCUGAAACUUACUUCUUGAUUGAUAGACUACUUCGUCUUAUCAUGACUCUUCCCAUUUCUACGGCCACAACUGAGAGGUCUUUUUCAGCAAUGAAAAUUAUUAAGACCAAGUUGAGAAACAAGAUGGAUGAUGGGUUUCUAGGAGAUAGCAUGACAAUAUAUAUUGAAAGGGAGAUUAGUGCAAGCAUUAGUUCUGAGUCUAUUAUUGAUGAUUUCAAGUCACUCGGAACUCGUAGAUCAUUAUUUUAA